AUGAAUCAAAUUUCAGAGUUGACGGGGGACGGCUGACGAGUAAGAAAAACAAAAAAGACGAGUAAAGGAUCUGCAUUUUGGACUCGCUGGAGCAAAGCGAAAGGCGGAAAUGGCGACGGCAGCGUUGGGGAUGCAGAAGCUACUGCAAGUAGGCACGAAGAUCGUCGGCGUCGGCCGCAACUACGCCGCUCACGCCAAAGAACUCGGCAACGCCGUCCCCAAGGAGCCGGUGUUGUUCCUGAAACCUACAUCCUCCUACUUGGAGAACGGAGGCACGAUCUUGAUUCCACAUCCUCUCGACUCGCUGCAUCACGAAGUGGAGCUCGCGGUCGUCAUCGGCCAGAAAGCUCGCGAUGUGCCGGAGGCUUCCGCCAUGGAUUACAUCGGAGGUUACGCCCUUGCGCUGGAUAUGACCGCAAGAGAAAUCCAAGCUUCUGCUAAGUCAGCAGGCCUUCCAUGGACUGUGGCCAAGGGGCAGGAUACAUUCACACCUAUUAGUUCCAUUCUCCCCAAGUCGGCUGUACCUGAUCCUGAUAACUUGGAACUAUGGUUAAAGGUAGAUGAUGAGAUAAGGCAGAAAGGUUCCACAAAGGAUAUGAUGUUUAAGAUCCCAUUUCUCAUCAGCCAUAUAAGUGCAAUCAUGACCCUUUUUGAGGGAGAUGUCAUUUUAACAGGCACGCCUCCAGGUGUCGGUCCAGUGAAAGCCGGCCAGAGGGUAACUGCUGGAAUAACGGAUCUUGUUGAUGUCCAUUUCAACUGUGAAAUCCGUAAGAGGCCUAUAAAUUGAUCAUCACCUCCCUUCCCAAAGUGUCCAUCUGGCUCGUCAAAAAAGGGAUGCAGCUUUCUCUGCCAAGUAUGUUCUCUUCUGUAGGAUUUUGUAUCUCUAGAGAUGAACAGUGAGGGUGAAUUUCCAACCAGAGAAGAUGCACUGAUCAUUAACCAUCCACAUAAUAAACUGGGAAAGAACCAUGGUGACAGCCUUGAUCAUAAAAGCAAAACUGUUUCUAAUUUAGUUUACAUCUUAUUGGAUAUCAGAUGAUGGCAAUACUCUGGCUAUCAGCUACAUUUGCAGAGCCUGGAAACUAAGAAGAAUUCUCCAUAAUUUGCUUGCACAACAAGAAAAAAGAACACAUCUUAUUAUAUGAUGGAUCACUUGCUUUGUGUAACCUUGUUCGUCUGCUAUUCCGGGAAUUAGGAGUACAAUAUCAUCAGAACUUGCUAAUGAAGUUAGACGAUGUGAUUGCUGAUAUCGUCGGCCCUUUCUUCGUUGAGGAAAUGGCCGACCCCUUUCAUGACAACCAGUUUCUGCAGAAACGGAACGUCCCUCUUGAAACCCCCUUUGUGUAUGUACGCUCUCGAAUUCCCAGUGGUGUAGGCAACGUUCUUGAUCCCCGACGAUGAACUUAAUCGGCACUUUCACUUGGUCUCCUUGGCAUGGCGCUGUUAGCUCCCAGUUCCUGCCCAAAAUACAGAACAUCAGAGCCAACAUUUAUGGUGCCCUUUCGAAGAACAGAUCGAGGAAGACUCACUGAUUCAAGUUCCGGUAAUAGUUCACCCCUCCAGCGAAGCCUGCUUCAUCGUACUUGUCGGUGAAGUACUUGAGAUCCUCCGACACCGACAACCAAGGUGGCAGGGGAAUUGGGGUGUCCGGCGAGUGGCCAAACAGUCUGCCCUUAGUCAAGAAAAUGGGAGCAGUAGUGUGCUGCGUGAAGAACUCCUUGAGAACUCUCUCUGUUCCAAGCUCUGCAAAUUCGGCUUCCACCACUCCUUGCUCCUGAAAAAAUCGACCCCAACAAAUAUAAGUUUGUUUCGAUUUUACCAAGGUUGUCAACCCGCGGGUUGACCCACGGGUCGACCCAGUUUGACCCUGACCCGAUGAGAAAAAAGGGUCGCACGCACCUGCCGGGCCGACCGUUAUAAGGUACUGGGUUGGAGGUCAAAUUGUGUCAUUUUUUCCUUUGAUUUGCGAAAUGCGCCUAUUUUCCGAUUUUUCUUUUCGCCCAACUCAAUCUUUGGAAUCCUAAGUUGAACAUUUGAAUAUUUAUGUUAUAUAAGUG